AUGGCCGAGGUCAUAGGCGCGGUUGCGGGUGUGAUAGCAAUCGUGGAGGUGGUGGUAAAAGUAGGCCGGUCCGUGGUCCGCAAUUGCAAAGAAACGAAGAACAUGGCCACAAACAUCAGAAGGCUUGAAUGCCAACUGCAGCAGCUGGGCGGGCGGGUGGAUCUACUAGUACAGAUAAAGAAGGAGGCAGAGCGAGGCAAUGUAUGCUUGGGGGGGUCGGAGAAGCACGUUGUCCACGAGCUGGAGGGCUGCCAGCAAGACGCGCAACGCGUGAAAGGCCAUUUGGACCAGCUAAACGCGGACCCUCAUGAGUGGGAGUCGAUGUCAAGCAUCUCGAAGGUUUGCUCCUUCUCGGAGAUGAAGCACAGCCUGCGCACUGCAGUCGGCAUUCUGAAAGACCUCUGUCCGAACAUUGAGUCGGCCGUGAGGUUGAUGCACAUGGCUCUUUCACUGCACAGCGCUCUCGCUACGGCGAGGACCGAGGCCAAGGUCGACAACCUGACAAAGGUCGCUCAUUCGACCAUGGCGUGUGCUAAACGAUACUGCAGGACGAAACAAGAAACCGUGCCGACCUCGAGUCCAUCCACCAGCAGGCCUCGAUCCCAGGAAGAACUUGAUCGCACGGCGUCGAAUGGACGCAAUGCGGACUCAGCGGGCAAGGCCUAG